UGUUUCAGUGUUUCACUCAAAUACACAGAAAAUACACCUGUGUAUAUGCUGUGUGUUGUUGGUAGAAAAAAUCGCUUAAUUUAAUUUUGUCGUUUAACACUGCUUUGACCGACAACUUAUUGUUGUCAAAAAAUCAAUUGGUUUUAGUUGAUCGGUUCGAUAUGUUCUACUGUUGAAUCAAGUUGUUUUUCGUUUAACACCCGCCAGUACUUCUCCCUAUUGCGCGCUCUGUGCUUGACGUGAAUUUCUUGGAUUUAAAAAAAGUUACAAAAAAUGAAAUUCUAUGACUACUACAGUGACGAUGCAAUGGAGGACUGUGGUUUCCUCAAGUUCACCGAUGAAAAGCUGAAAUCGUCGUUCCUCCAAGCGUUGAGCACAAUGCAAAAGCAUCGUUUAUUUUGUGAUGUUGUUUUGAAUGUUGAUAACUCUGACAUCCAUGCUCACAAAAAUGUUCUGGCUUGUGUGUCACCUCAUUUAAUGGAGCUAUUUUCGUCUGAACAGUCAACACAACAUCGUCAAAGCGACGGAAUACCCAGCUAUCGUCUCAAUGGUGGACUAACGAAAAAUGCUUUGCAAAUCAUUGUUGAUUACGCCUACACGGCUACAUUGGAAAUACCUGAUGUCCUAGUGCAGGAAGUGUAUUUGGCAGCUUGGAAACUUCGCAUCGACAAUAUCGUAAGGGAAUGUGCUCGCCACUUGAUCGAGGAACUGUGUGCUGAUUCGUGCAUUGAGACUCGGUCCCUUCCGGGAAUCAAUAAAAACAAAGCAUUCGCUCUGGCUGUUGACUCGUUCAUAUCGAAGGAGUUUACAGCUGUAUCACGCACAGCUGGCUUCCUUCAACUACCUUGCGCCAACAUUGAUGUUCUCUACCAAACCAAGCAAGAAAUGUCAGUAGUUACAAACAUUCCAUUGUGCCGUCUUGUAUUGGAUUGGGUGAAGCGACAAUUGUCGGAGGAAACUCUCAGUAUGAAUCAUCUACUGGAGAGAGCGCAUCUACUGUAUUUGGCACUGGACAACUCCCUUCAAGACUGUUCUGAUCUACCACCGGGCCACGAAUCGGAAUCCGAUUUGGUACAAGACUACAAACGGCUGGUUUUGAAAUGCCCCAACAACAAAGGCCGUCGCAAAUGCCUAGCAGCUCCCGUUCGUCCGCGUGUUUUGAUUUAUUCACGUGAUAUUGGGGAGAAUGAAUUCAGUGUGGAGCCAGAUUGGAACAUUAUCGGAUCAGCGAAUGUGGGAGAGAAUUCAUUCAUUGCGUUAGCUAUGUUAAAUGGUCAGCUCACCAGAAUCUCAAUCCAAUUACGUUUAAAUUUACCACCGACCACACCGUCACCUGUUCACAUACCCGAUUCGAUGAGCUUAUCGUCGCACUCGACCGACAGCGAAUUAGACAAGCCAGAACUGUUUUUGGAAGUUGCUGCAAUGUCGGCACCCAAAUGUGGACUGGGUGUUGCCGAUUGGGAGGGAAAAUUAUUGGUGUGCGGUGGAUACGAUCGUGGUGAAUGUUUAAAGAGUGUCGAGUCCUACGAUCCAGAAACAAAUACGUUUACAAAGGAGCCGUCAAUGCUUGAGGCUAGGGGAAGAGUACAAAUUGCUGUGUUAAAUGGAUGUGUGUAUGCUGUUGGAGGAAGCAACGGUACGACCGAAUUAGACACGGUCGAAUGCUUGCCGCCAAAUUCAAGGAAAUGGCUGAAACGAUGUAAAUUACCGAUGGCUAGAAGUAAUGCUGGCGUUUGCAUGCUAAACGGAAAUAUUUACUGCAUUGGAGGUUGGAAUGGUCAGAGCGGCAUUAAACAGUGUGAUGUAUACAAUCCGGCCGAGGACAAUUGGACUCAAAUUUCGCCCCUAUUGAUCGGUCGAUAUCAAUCCGGUGUUACAUCAUUCAAGCAACAGUUGUGGGCCGCAGGCGGUAGUGAUGCAUGGAAUUGUCUCGGCUCGGUUGAAACAUUCAAUCCGGAAGCAAAUCAAUGGACCAUGGCUCCGUCGCUUCUAACACCGCGUCGUGGCUGUGGUCUGGCCGAAUUUAACGGAAAAUUGUAUGCAGUGGGCGGCAGUGAUGGCACACAUUCGUUAAAUUCGACCGAAAUUUACGAUGAGGAAAGUAAAACGUGGAUUGUGGGCCCGUCACUGACAACCGCCCGCUCAAAUGUGUCAUGUGUAACGGUGAAUGGGAAAUUGUACGCAAUCGGUGGUUUUGCCGGGAAAUUCUUCUUGAACACAAUGGAGUAUCUCGACUCGAAAACCAAUGAGUGGACCACUUUUGUGCCACACAUAAACCAGAUCGACGGUCUGACCGAUUUGCAUUUCAGUGAUAGCAGUGAUAAUUUAACAAACGGCGAUGAGCACGUUAACGGUCAUGAGCCAAGGACCAACGGUGUCGCGGAACCGAAAGAGAAAUGUCUGGAUGAAGUUUUCAGUGAUCAAGUCGAACCAUGUGAUGCCACUAAAUUCGAACACAACAAUGUAACGAACACAAAUGGCCAUAAAGUAAAUGAAUCAUAAAAAUGAGAAAAAAAAAAUUUAAAUUUUAAGUGGAAAAUCAUAAAUUAUAAGAUAAAAGAAAACCAACUAAUCUUAAGGCUACCAACACACACACACAGACACACACUGGCAUGUAGUGAGACUUCUUUGUACUAAAGUAUUUUACAACCAAUCCUAUUGUCUGCCCAAUAAAUUUGCAAGUGAGCGUUUUGCUUUAGAAUUUUUCUUUUUCGUUUUUCACCCGUUUUUUUACCCCCCCCCCCCCAAUUCAUUUGCUAUCUUCUAAUGGCUAAUGGUUAUUGACAACAAUAACAAUGUGUGAUGAGCUCCAGCUAAUGUAAGCUUCUAUGUCAAAUUGUUUACUUCAACAAAUGAAGUAAAAGAUUCGUUUGCAAAAACGCUAAUACAUUAAUCGAAAGAAGGAGCCAAUUUAACCAUUACAUCGCGAUAAGCUUGCCGUUGGUAAACGUCUUAUAGAAACAUAAAAACCUCCAAGCAACGUCCUCCCUCCUCCCAAUUACUCUAAGUUUUGAGAUUUUUCUUUUUUUGCAAAUUCCUUCAACCCAAUUGCUUUUUGUGUGGGAUACAAUGUAUUAGUAAAAAAUCAACGAAAAAGACAAGAAAAUAAGUUUCCUAAUUCACAGAAAACCAUCGAUUUCGAGAAAA